AUGCCGCGCUUCCUCGUCGAUCCGCACCUCGCACGGCUGCCCGCCGAGGGCGCCACGUCGCUGGCGCCUGCGCCCGCCUCGCGCACGUCGCCCUCGCGCGCACGCAGCUCCCUCAGCACCACGCGGCGCGCUGCCUGCUCCUCGCCCUCUCGGCGCGCCGCCGGCGCAGCAGCUGCCGCCUCGCCCAGCCGGCCGCGCAACCGGCUGCUCAUGCGCACCUCGCCUCCGCCAGCGCCGCUCUUCGCGCGCAGUGCCGCACCGCAGCCGCCGGCUCUGCCCGCCCGCAGCGAGGCAUCAGCCGACGUGCCUGCGCUGCGCACUCUGCGUCCUCUCCGCACCGCCGCCGCAGCAGCGACGCCCCAUCCGAGCGACUCGACCAUCAUCACAUCCUCCCCAGCGGGCGGCGGCGCAUCGCGCGCAGCAUCAACCAGCUCGCUGCGCUCCGCCCUCGCGGCAGACGCAGCACUCAGUGCCGCACGCGUGCAGCAGCGCGAAGCACAGACGCACGAGCGCAUCGAGCGGCGCACGCGCGUGGGCCGCAGGGUCAGAGAGGCGCUGGAGAAGUCCGGGCCGUCUGUGGCUUCUCGGCCGCCGCCACUCCCGGCAGACGAGCCGGAGGCAACCGGACGCCAUUCUGUGCCGUCCAGCGAGGCGAGCAGCACUGAGUACUCCGACGACAUGCGUACCGGCACGACGCAGUUGCCCGCCGAUGCUCUGUUUCCCUUUCACGCAUUCGACGAGACGCAAGCGCACCUGCAUGCCUCACACGACGACGACGACGACGACGACGACGCUAGCGACGAGUCUGCCGCUGCCGUCGCCGAGCUCUCUCGCCACGACGUCGCCGCUCCGACUGCCGAAGCCAAGCUGGCCACGCCGUCAUUGCGCCGCCUCGUCCCUGGCGCAAGAAGAGUGCUGGCGUUCGAGACGCCAAACACGCCGGCCGCCGCCCCUGCUGCUGCUGCUGCUGUUGCUGCUGCUGCCAGUGUGCUACCUCAGGCUGCCCUGGCGAUUGACUCGCCAUUGCCUCGCACUGUGGCGCAGGAGCGCGUGCUCGCGUUCGAGACGCCUGCUGGCGAGGCGCGAGGGCGAAUGGGAGUGCCGCUCGUCGCUGCAGAGGAGAGUCCGGCGGCAAGCACGCUCGCUCGACGUCGUCGAUCGUCAGGCGCAGCGCCUACUGUGCCGGCGGCUGCGGCUGCGUCGACGGCGACGACGAGCUUGGAAGCGCAAGUCUUCUUGCCUGCUCGUCCUUGCCUCUUCCAUCGUGCUCCGCCCUCUCGCGCUGCCAUCCUGGCCGAUCUCGAUGGCUCAAGGCCACGCACGACAGCGCCUGCCGUCGCUGUGGCGCCCUUCUCUGCCGCCUGGCGCCGCGCCAACAGCACCGCUGCUCGCAGCAGCGGCAUGCGGCACGUCCAGCCGCGGCUUUGGCGCGGCUGGAAGGAUAUGCAGACCUACUUCGUCACGCCGCCAUCGUACACCUACCACGCGGCUGCGCCGUCACGCGCGGCGAUGCAAGAGUGGCUUGCUGCUGCUGCUGCUGCUGCUGCGCUCGAGUCGAGCGACUCGGGCUCCUCUCGCCUCUCGCGCGGCGUAGCUCGCGGCGCUGCUGCACGCUCCUCUGCGCCGUCGGCGGUACGCAUGCCACGCUUCGGGCUCUCGACGCUCGAGCUCGAGGAGGCGGCAGAGGCGGCGGAUGAAGUGUCGAGUCUACGUGUCGGCAUUCCACGCUCCAGACGCAGAAGCCAUCGUGGCGCCGCUUCGGCGUCGACGUCGACGUCGACGUCGGCAGUGGAGCUCGAGCCUCGCGCAGAGGAGGAGAGUCAGUGGCCCAUGCCCGAUCUCGGCUCGCCUGCCUCGACCAGCUGGGCGGCGGGGGCCGCUGCUGCUGCAGCGCACUGCUUCACGCGACAAGGCGCUGCUGCUGCGCGACUCGGCUCCGCCCGAGCAGGCGCAAGCACUACGACCGCACAGCAGCAGCAGCCCGACUCGCUCUUCGACUCGCGCGCCAGCGUGCCGUGGGAUGAUGCCAGCGUGUGGGAGAGGUAAAGUAUGCG